AUGAAGUUUGCUGGUUUUUUCUCUCAGACUGGUUUUGGCAAUGGUGGUUUUAUAAAAAUUCCGUACACAGACAAGGAAGGAAACAAAAAAUAUAACAGGACGUUGGCCUCAACAUACUUCAUCCCGAAUAAAGCCAGACGAAUGUUUCCAUGUUGGGACGAGCCAGCCUUUAAUCCUUUCUUCAUGAUCUCCGUGAUGCAUCAUCAGAAAUACACGGUAUUGUCAAAUUGGCCGAUCCGAGAGCGGUACAACGUAGAAAAUGACAUGAAAUGGACACACUUCGAUCGCACUUUUACAAUGUCCGCUUAUCUUGUGGGAAUUGUAAUUGUAUCAGAUUUUGUUCGCGUUAAUAACGCGGACCAGUCCGUUAAUGUGUGGUGCAGAUCCUCUUUGACAUCGUCAGCAAGAUUCGUGCAUAGCAUUGCUGAACGGGUCACGCCGCUCUUGGAGGAGUAUACCGAUAGAACCAAAGGGGUACCGAAAAUAGAUCACGUCAUGGUACCGAAUUAUCCCAACGCUUCCAUGGGAGAUUGGGGAAUCAUCAUUUACCAAGAAUCAAAAGUUGUCCACGAUGAUAGCAAGGAUCCUACAUUUCAGAAAAAGAAUGUAGCUUUUUAUGUAGCAUAUGAAAUCGCACAUCAGUGGUUCGGCAAUUUCAUCACCCCAUUUUGGUGGACUGACAUGUGGUUAAAUGAGGGAUUUGCUGUGUUUUUCCAGGCGUAUUUCCUCGACAAGACAUUUGAAGAAUGGCGGACAAUGGACUUUUUCGUUACUGGGGCCAUGCACCAUGCUCUCCAUCUAGAUAAUGGCUUAUUGGGUUCUGUUACAUUGAACCUUUAUGAUAACGAUACCUUGGAUAACCAACUCUUUGUUGAUCAAGUUCUUGAAAAAGCUCCAGCUAUAUUGCGCAUGUUACAUCAUACAGUGGGCGACGAGGUAUUUCGAAAGGGUAUCACCAAGUAUUUCGCUACAAAGAAAUAUAUGGCGGUCACUCCCGAUGAUUUGUGGAGCGUCAUACAAAGGGCUAAAGACGAAGCUUCUUACGUCCCUUCUAUGCGAGAUCAAAAAUUCAGAAUAAAAGAAGUGAUGAAUACGUGGAUAGUCCAAAAUCGUUAUCCUGUGCUAAAUGUAACGAUGAAUUACAAAACUGGUGAAGUAGCAAUAACACAAAAAUGUUUCCGCGCAACUGAAGAUAUCAAUAAUAAAUGGUGGAUACCCAUAUCCUACACUGACGAAAGCUUUCCGGAUUUUUCCAAUACUAUGCCCAAUAAUUGGUUAAAACCAGACGAAACUCUUAGAGUGCAAAUUAAUACAAGUGAUUGGAUUAUCGUCAAUCUACAACAAACUGCAUACUGUCGUGUCUAUUACGAUACCGUAAUUAUGGAAAGAAUCAUAUAUUACUUGAGCUCUCAAGAAUACAGGAACAUACACGUUCUCAAUCGUGCUCAAAUCAUCGAUGAUGCUUAUGCCUUUUUGCUCGAAGAUCAACUAGAUAGCUCCGUAUUCAUGAAUCUUAUAAACUACCUAAAACGAGAGAGAGAUUAUGUAGCAUGGCGUCCAAUGUUCCGAAUAUUAAGACGGAAUCAGAAGUACUUUUCACUGCCAGAGAGCAAAGGUUUCAAGUCAUACAUGGUAGAAAUCUUUGAUGGGAUUCUUCAACAUGUGGGAUACGAAGAAAAUUUUGAUGAUGACGAUCUCACUAAGAUAUUAAGGCUAGAGGCCACGAAAUGGGCAUGUACCGUCGGUCACGCGGAAUGCAAGAGAAGCGCCGCCGUUAAAUUAAGCAAACAUUUCGCGGAUCCUGAUACUCACAAAGUUCCACAAUGGUGGCAUGAUUGGACAUACUGCUUUGGUUUGGCGGUAGCUAAUAAGACUACUUGGAAUAAAAUGUUGGAACUGUAUCACCGAACAUCUGAUAAGAAACUUUUGAAAACCUUGAUCAAUUGUGCUGAAAAUCCUGAUAUUAUUAUCAGCUACUUGAAUAUUACAGCAUUAUUUAACCAUGAGCAGCAUGCAUUGAUCUUCAAUUUAAUUCUUGAAAACCAUGUACGCAACAAUUUGGUCCUUGAUUACAUAUUAGCAAAUUUUGAUUUUAUAUAUCCCAGAUUACAUUCUACAACACUAACGAUACAUAAUAUCAUUCAGAAUGUUUUUUCUAACGAACAAUUGUCCAAGGUGAAAACAUUCGCAGAAACUUAUUUUCAUCAAGGUUCAAACUCUUUGUCAAACAUUGUAAAUCUGAUAGAAAAGCGUAAAAAUUAUCUUAAAGAGUCCGUAGAUAUUGUUACAAAGCGAUUUGGAAGAAGUCAAACUUUAAUUGAUUUGAUCCAGUAUCAAUUGAUGAAAUAA